ACACUAGCUCCGACUAGAGGGCAGCAAGGAGCUCCGGGGCUUUUAGCUAAUCUGUCAUAGAAGAAGAAGAAGAAGAAGAAAGGAAGACACGUGUGACCUGAGUGUUGUUUAAAUUCACUCAGUAUUUAGAAAUUUGGAUUAAAAAAGGCACACAGGAAACAUUUUUAAAGCUCUUUGAAUAGAAUUAAAGAAGGAAAUGCCAAAGGUUAAAGCGGAGAAGAAGAGCAGGCAGCACCAAGAUGUUAAAAGCCAAGGGAUCAUGUUCAACACUGGCAUUGGUCAGCACAUCUUGAAGAAUCCGUUGAUCGUCAAUGCGAUAAUUGAGAAGGCUGCUCUCAGGCCAACAGAUGUGGUUCUGGAGGUUGGACCCGGUACAGGUAACAUGACGGUGAAACUGCUGGAAAAAGCAAAGAAGGUGGUGGCCUGUGAGUUGGACUGCAGACUGGUGGCUGAACUCCAGAAAAGAGUGCAGUGCACGCCUUUGCAGAACAAACUUCAGAUAUUAGUCGGCGACGUCUUAAAAACAGAUCUCCCUUUCUUCGAUGUUUGUGUCGCUAACUUGCCUUAUCAGAUUUCUUCACCAUUCGUCUUCAAGCUGCUGCUUCACCGACCGUUCUUCAGAUGUGCUGUUCUGAUGUUCCAGAGAGAGUUUGCGAUGCGGCUGGUUGCCCAACCUGGAGACAAGCUGUACUGCAGGCUGUCCAUCAACACACAGCUGCUGGCGCGUGUGGAUCACCUCAUGAAGGUGGGGAAAAAUAACUUCCGUCCUCCGCCGAAAGUUGAGUCGAGUGUCGUCAGGAUUGAGCCAAAAAAUCCUCCUCCUCCUGUUAAUUUCCAGGAGUGGGACGGUCUGGUGAGAAUCGCCUUCGUACGAAAGAACAAAACCCUCAGUGCAGCUUUUAAGUCUACCGCAGUGGAACAGCUGCUAGAGAAGAACUACAGAAUCCACUGCUCAUUACACAACAUGGAAGUCCCAGAUGACUUCAGCAUCAGCAAGAAGAUCGAGAGCGUUCUGCAGGAGGCGGAUUUCAACGAGAAGAGGGCCAGGUCCAUGGAUAUCGAUGACUUCAUGGUGCUGCUGCACGCAUUCAACUCUGCAGGAAUCCACUUUUCAUGAAGAGCUGAGAGAACUAUAAAUGGAGAUGGAAAUAGUCUUGACUGAUCCAACCUCUUGGCAGAUGAGGAAUGAAUUUGCCAUAGAAUUGCGAAUGUUUGGAUAAAAACAUAAUGUAGUCAAACAGCUCAUAUUGAGCACCAUUAAAAUUGUGUAUAAGGA